AUGGACGUGCUACCUGACGGAAAUACAAUAGACUUUGACGCACUGGCCAACAUGUUUCUAAUUAAGUAUAAAGAUUUUAUACUAUCGAAAUUCAAGAAAACUGAACCCGUAGAAAAUAUAAAGUUUCAAAAUUUAGUUCGUUCAAACCAGUUGGCAGAAGGGCUUUUUGGACAGACACAACACCUCUGUUCGAUUUAUGACAACCCCUCGUGGCACUCUGUUGUCUUGGAGACCUUAGAUCUGGAUUUAAUUUAUAAAAACGUGGAUCACGAGUUUACCAAAGAGGGGCACAGAGAAGGCGAUAAUGUGUAUUCAGAUUACCUAGUGAGGGAGUUGCUUCGCUAUUUUAAGCAAGAGUUUUUCAAAUGGUGCAAUAAGCCAGAUUGUCAUCAUUGUGGCCAGAACACAUCAGAAAAUAUGACAUCUAUGGGCAUUCAAGGGCCCAAUGGAGAAGAGUCUAAAUUUCAAUGUGGAUCUGUUGAGGUCUAUGAAUGUAACCAGUGUCGCAAUGUCACGAGGUUCCCACGCUAUAAUGAUCCAAUCAAGCUGUUACAAACCAGACAGGGUAGAUGUGGUGAAUGGUGUAACUUAUUCACUUUGAUUCUAAAAUCAUUUGGAUUAGAAGUUCGUUAUGUCUGGAAUAGAGAAGACCAUGUCUGGUGUGAAUAUUUUUCGCCAUAUUUAAAAAGAUGGGUCCAUGUUGAUUCUUGUGAACAAGCGUUUGAUCAGCCGUAUAUCUACUCGGUUAAUUGGAACAAGAAAAUGAGUUAUUGUAUUGCGUUUAGUAAAGAUGGUGUUGUUGACGUCAGUAAAAGAUACAUUUUGCAAAACGAGCUGCCCAGAGAUCAAAUUAAGGAAGAGGAGCUAAGUUUUCUGUGCAAAUUCAUAACCAAAAGACUAAGAUUUACAUUAAAUGACGAAGAGAUAUACCAACUAGCAUGUCGCGAUGAGCAAGAACAGAUAGAGUUGAUUACUGGGAAGGCAAAUGAAACGGAAACAGAAAAGAAAGCCGAGGGCUCAAAGACUUCUAACCCUGGACGAGAAAGUGGGUCGGCAGUCUGGAAGGCGCAGCGUGGGGAAGACGGUAAAUAA